CGGUAGCUAGCUGCUGCUGCUGUUGGUUCAAGAACUUCGGUCGUAUCGGCAUCUUUCAGUUUCGCUCUAAAAUAGGGCGACUGCCCGGCUUUUUGCGGCGCUGAUUAAAUACAGUUUAGGCUUUUAUUCUGUCGUUCUCAGGGGGAUUCGUUAACUAGAAAACAAACAGUACUUCCCAGGGACAUCAUUUGAACAGAAUGGCUCUUAAAAGAAUUCAUAAGGAACUGAAUGAUUUGGCGCGGGACCCACCAGCACAGUGUUCUGCAGGACCAGUAGGAGAUGACAUGUUCCAUUGGCAGGCGACGAUUAUGGGACCAAGCGACAGCCCAUACCAAGGUGGUGUGUUUUUCCUGACCAUACAUUUUCCCACUGACUAUCCCUUCAAACCACCAAAGGUUGCAUUCACCACAAGAAUCUACCACCCAAACAUCAACAGCAAUGGCAGCAUCUGUCUGGACAUAUUAAGGUCACAGUGGUCACCAGCACUCACCAUCUCCAAAGUCCUCCUCUCCAUCUGCUCGCUGCUGUGUGACCCCAACCCAGAUGACCCACUAGUGCCUGAAAUUGCCCGCAUCUACAAGACAGACAGGGAAAAGUACAACAGGAUAGCUCGGGAAUGGACACAAAAGUAUGCAAUGUAGCCGGUGAGCAUGGGCAUGUUCCAUGGAGCGGCCUCGGCACUCGAGGACUUAGGGGCACAGUGACCAUGAAGUGGAAGACGUGUUGGUUUCCAUUGGAGUGCUUUCUUUUGAGCCACACCUUCCCUCCCUGAUCCCACCUUUUCUUUUUCUUCCCCCCCCUCCUCCUCCUCCUCCUCCUCUUCCUCACCUCAUCCUCCUCUCUCUCUCUCUCUCUCUCUCUCUCUCUCUCUCUCUCUCUCUCUCUCUCUCUCUCUCUCUCUCUCUCUCUCUCUCUCUCUCUCUCUCUCUCUCUCUCUCUCUCUCUCCAUUCCUCACGUCAUUCAUUCCCAUUGCCAGUCACAUUCCCAUCCUUAACCCUUGAAAUCCCAGUUCCCAAAUCCCUUACUCUCCCCCUGCCCAAGCCAUGUUGUACAUAUUUCCGAUUGAAAAUUGUAUUACCUCCUCCCUUCUAUAUUCCCACGCACACAUCCUGAUCUUAAUCUCUUUUCUUCCCCCCCUUCCCAGUUCUCUCUCUCUCUCUCUCUCUCUCUCUCUCUCUCUCUCUCUCUCUCUCUCUCUCUCUCUCUCUCUCUCUCUCUCUCUCUCUGUGUCUCUCUCUCUCUCUCUCUCUCUCUCUCUCUGCGCCUGUCCUCCUUGUCUCCACCAAUGACUGGUUCACACGAGACGACAAAAAGAACAGAACACACUUUUUUCUAUUAUAAUUAUAAUUGGUGGGGUGUUGACUUGCAUCUUAUAAUGAGCUGGUUAAACAUGGUUGCUCACUCUGCCACCAGUACUUACUGUUAGUUACAUUCUAAGUUUAGAGUACUUUCACCCCCUCUGGUUUUGCCAUGUUAAGGAGUUUUUAUUUGGACCAUGAAUUUGAAGCGCGUUCAUUUGAAGCUGAAAUGGGGGCAAAAAAAAAGAGGCUUCAAAACAUAUUUUAUUUCCUUCAGAGCUUGUCGAGCCUUUUUUUGUCAAGUGGAUUUUUUUUUCUCUUCAUUCCCAUUUUGUUCUUUUUUUUGGUUUCUUCCAUGUUUUACUAUUGAUCUGGGGGUUAUACAACAAACGUGGUCCAGGGACAAUACCUGAUUUAGGUAACUCUUGAGGUAGUUGUAAAACCUGAUGGAAAAGAGCACAUUGGCGUUUGUUCCUUUGAGAGAGAGAAUGAUGCCACUGAUCGUCUCUUGUACUAACAGGUUUACUCUUGCUGUCUGUGUUGACUGAAGCUGGGUGUCCUCCACUCGGCCACCUCUGUAGUAUACCCCUCCUGGAUAUGCAAGGAUAUGUACUCCUGACACACACACAUCUGUAUAUUUAAUUACCUGAAGAGCUCGUCAAGCUUGUGUGUUGAUUAAACUGUGUAAUAAAAAUGAUUACUUAAAAAUGUA